CUAGUUCCUGACCGAGGUGAGAAUGGCCGGCUUGAUGUGGCUUCGGUGCAUUCUAGGGCCCAAUCUGCAGCGGAUCCACCGCUCGCCGGACCAGACCCGCACUGACGGCCGAUCGGCGCGCAGGGGUUGGAAUUAUCAGCCCAGAGGUCUGGAGAGACACACAGACAGCAUCCUCGGCUGGGCGUCAGUGCUGUGGUCUCUGUCAUACUACACUUCUCCACUGCUCCUCUGCUAUCUCUACAGGAAAGGGUACAUCUGCAGCAGUAAGCUGGUUCCUCUGAGUCAGUAUGUUGGAACAGCGCUGGUCUGUCUGCUCGGAGUGGCCUGUCUGAGAGGUUGGGGACGCUGGAGAAACCCUGAGUACCUUCAGUUUAUCAGCAUACUGGAGGAGACCAGGAACAACCACACAACAAACAACAAGAAAAAACUGGCAUGCUUUGACUUCGACUUCAAACACUGGCCUGCUGAUUUCAGCUGGAAAGACGUUAGUAGUCCGAAAUCAUCUAAAGGUGGCGUGUCUUUGCUGAGACCUGAACCCAAACACAGAGGAGCAGCAGACACUGUACUGAGUUCAGUUCGCACACUGCCCUGCCACAUCCUGAGUUAUGUUAUUGCUCACUCAUUCGGCCGGAGGAUGCUGUACCCAGGCUCAGUGGGUUUGCUACAGAAGGCCAUGAGACCAAUGUUACAGCAGGGCCAGGCCAGACUCGUAGAAGAGUAUGAAGGUCAGCGGAACAAACUGGUGGCUUGUGAUGGGAAUGAGAUCGACACCAUGUUUGUGGACCGGAGGAGAGAUGGAGGAACAGCUGGCAAAACUCUGGUGAUCUGCUGUGAGGGAAAUGCAGGAUUUUAUGAGGUCGGCUGCAUGAACACACCACUCGAAGGUGGAUACUCAGUGUUGGGCUGGAAUCACCCAGGCUUUGGCGGCAGCACAGGAGUUCCUUUUCCUCAAAACGAGGCCAACGCGAUGGACGUGGUCAUUCAGUUUGCUGUGCACAAACUGGGCUUCCAGUUGAGUGACAUCAUAGUUUAUGCCUGGUCGAUAGGGGGAUUCACAGCCAGUUGGGCUGUGAUGUCAUACCCAGAGAUCAGAGCUCUGGUUCUCGAUGCCUCAUUCGAUGACCUGUUACCCCUUGCACUGAAGGUCAUGCCGGACAGCUGGAGACCCUUGGUCACACACACAGUGAGGCAGUACAUGAACCUCAACAAUGCUGAACAGCUCUGCAAGUACCAGGGACCAGUGUUAUUGAUCAGAAGAACCAGAGAUGAAAUCAUCACCACCACGGGUCCAGAAGACAUCAUGUCUAACAGAGGGAACGACCUGCUUCUCAGGCUGCUCCAGUACAGGUAUCCUAAGGUGAUGACAGAUGAUGCUGUUACAGCGGUGAGGCAGUGGCUCGCAGCAGGCACACAGAUUGAAGAAGAGUCAGUGUACACGGGCUAUGAGGUGGAUGAUGACUGGUGUUUGUCUGUUCUUCAGUCCUAUCAGACAGACAGAGAGACGCUGUUCCCCUGGAGCGUCGGUGAAGAUAUGACACUCGAGGGCAGACGGCAGCUCGGUUUAUUCUUGGCACGGAAGUAUAUGCGAAACUUUGAGACGACGCACUGCACUCCCCUCCCCAUUUCUGAGUUCAGGCCUCCCUGGAAACUGUAGAGGCGCUGAGAAAGAGCACUGGAGGUCAAAGGGAAACACACAGACACACGCCGGUACUCAGAAUCAGAUCUACAGGAUGGCAGGGAGCAAUUUAGCAGUAGUCAUUUGUAUAAAUGUGACCUGGUUAUUUGUUUAUGUUUUGUUGGCAUGGUUUGAUAGAGGCGUUUUAAAUUAUUGGUUGUGCUCUUCCUGCACCGCAGUAGAUGUUUAACGUGAAAAUGAGGGUCAGAAACGUGUGGACGCUCAGGUUUGACAUCAUGUUUGUUUCUUUUGAGAGACUCAGUGAUGGGACAGAUGAUCUCUUGCCUCUUUCUCAGUCUGUUUUCCUUUUUUUAAUUGAUUUUGUGAAGCACUGUAAUUAUGAACAAACCGUAUCGUCAAACAAUGUUCUGAAUGUUAUAUUACAUAUGAAUAUUAAAUGAAACCCGGGGAUACUUUUUUGUGGUUGAAUUCCUCUAUAUAAAGUCAUUAUUUGUGUUUCACACACAAAAUAAAAGUUUGUUAUUGUAAAUGAAA